UAAUACUAUCAAACAAAAACCAUUAACUCAAUCCCGAACCCGGGUUCUCAAUCACAUGAACCCCCAGAGAUAGAGAGUGCCCAACACAGGCUAGAUAAUCAGCCACAUGAUUACUUUCCUGAAAAACGUGCUUCACAACGACCUCCCAAUUCUGUGCCAGCAAUCUGCGAAUAGAGGAGAUCAUAGUGUAAUGAGGGUUACUCGCUCUAUCGGACUGUAACAAUGAAACAGCUGUUGCAGAGUCCGUCUGUAAACUGACUCGCCGGUGCCCUGCCUCCCACGCAAUACGAAGUUGAUAACGUCGUAUUUGCACAUGUUUGCACCCUCGUUUCUUGAUCAUUUUGGCUUGAGUUUUUGCUUUCUUGGACUAUUUUACGCUAGGUUGUGUUCCUUUAUCACAUUUCAGGUCCUAGCAUGUAAAUUGAAGCAAAGGCGCAAGUUUCAAGUCAAUCGGAAUUCAUUUGGCAAUUCGGGAGAAGAAACAGCGAGACCCCCGAUUACCAGUCGUAGCGGCUGAUAGUCCGAUUCAAGUCACAUCAACAGGAAUAAUGAACUUCUACCUCAUAUUAUGGACAAAUAUUCAUGGAAGUUUGUCAGGAAAAGAGAUAGGACAAGACUACGAGCUUCUGGGAUCAAACGGCGACUGAUUCGGAGUCCAGCAGGAGCAGAGGAAGAAAUACGGGCAUCCCCUGCCCAAUUAAGGGCGUAAUUGUCUCUGCCGUGGCCGUAAAUGCAAUGCCGAGCCAAAUCCUUGAAAAUGCCUUCGAAGAUCAAAUUACGGGCAAGAGCAAAAUGAACUACGGUCGUAAUUCCACAAAUACCGGCAGUAAUUGGGUAAUUACAAUUGUAAUUCAUCUCAUCAGUGUUAAGUGAAACGCGCGUUUUGGGUGAAAUACGGGCAGACCAUUUUACGACCGUAAUUCAGACCAUAUUUUGCCCAGAAUCGGGUUUUUGAGGCAGAUUCGAGCCAAAGGUGAGAGAAUCGACUUUUUGGAGCAAAACAGAGUUUUAGAGAGAGAAAGUGCGAAGAACAAACCCUAGGAGCUAUUUGGAGUGGAUUUCUCACCAUUGAAGCCAGAUUGCAUCCCUAGGAGUGAAGAUCAUCAUCCCGGAGCAGAUUAUCCUCAUCUUUAUGAGUAUGACUACUCUGAUUACAGUUUUCCUCUCUCUCUCUCUCUCUAUGGAGUAGAACUUUCUCUCACUUGGGUAUGAAGAACCCCAGUUCCAUGUGUUAGGGAUCUUGAUUGUAAUGACUUGGGAUUGUUAUACUGUUUGAUUUUAAUCGAUUGAUCUAUGAUUCAUUGAGUCAAUUGAAGUCUGAUCAUCUUUUCUUGAUUUCUGCUGCAACCUGAGAUAGAUAGAAUCUGAUUAGGUUGUUAGAGCUUCAUCAAUCGGUAGUGGUAGAUUGAUUAUACGAGAGUUGAUCGAUUUACUGCUUUGAAAUGGAAUCCAAUUCCAGUAGUGGAGUUCUGUGUUCAUAGCCUCAGCUUUCUAUCCUUGUGAAGACUAGUCGUCUGCCGGGUAGUUGGACUGAGAGGGCUUGGUCAGCUUAAGAGAUUCCAAGCUACUAUCGGAUCUUCCGCAGUUUAAUCAACAGUUAAUCAACCCGGGUUUAUUACAACUGAGACCUAACUAAGGAGCUAGGGGGACUCAUUCCCGAGUGACUCUUCCCUUGCUUUAGAAAACUGAACCAUUUCUUGCUUUCUUACUGCUUUUAGUUAAAAAUCACAAUCAAUCAACUUAGUUUGCUAGAUAAUAGAUAUUCACGGAGUAGGCAGUAGAUCUAGACCUCGGGUUGACAAAUAGAGCUUGCCUGUUACUUCAUUUCCAGACUGCGAUUGCACUUGGUCGCAGUUUGGUGUUGUGUUUUAGAGUAUCAAGUUUUUGGCGCCGUUGCCGGGGAACUUUAGGUUAUUGUAGAAACGUGAAAGUCUAUUACUUCUGUGUUUUUCUUUUCUUUUCCACUCUUGCUUUUCACUUGGGUGUUAUGUUUUUGUUGGUGCAGAUCCAUUGGGGGUAUCAACCACCAUCUGUGUGGUAUUACACCGAGACUUCCUAGAGCAAUCAAGGAGGAGAAGACUAUGGAUUCGGAUGUCAGUACCAACCCCCCCUACUACAGAGAACGACCAAACCCUUGGGAACCUCAAGAACAAUAUCCUUUUCAAGAAGAAUUCCUGCCACAACCAGAGGGGCCAUCUGAGUUGGAGUUAGCCAUGGAGGCCUUAACGGGCGCCACUCUGUAGAGCCAUGCUACACUCCACUGGCAGAUCCGAAUAAACAACUGAGGCUUCUCGUGGAGCAGUUUUCUCUAGACACUGAGAGAUCAUGCUCCAAGAUGUAUCUUCAAAUCCAAGCCCUUUCCCCUUCCGAUCCCUCAUUUAUCCAUGAAAUGGAGGAGGUUGUUCAGUGCUCAGCGAAGCAACCAGAGUGGGUGGAGCAAGAUUGCGCACAUCCUGCUCAAGAUCACCUUUCUGCUACCACACUAGAAGAGGUGGAGGAUGACGAAGGCUACAGGGACGUUGAGGAGCAUACAAAAGUUAUCACAGAGAACUCUCAUGAUAAUCAUGAUCGGGAAAGUCCUCUGGUGGCAGAUCACACCUUUUCUCAUUUCUGCUCUAACAUGAUGGUCCCGUGCGAGGAGAUGCAAGAUGAUACCAUUGAAGAAAUUUCUUGGCGACUUGCUCUCCAAUCUGUUCGGGAAGAAGAAGAGAGAGCAAGGGUGACGAAAGAAGUUGUGGAGGAUGAGGAAGAAAGCAAAGAAAAGGUAGCUCUUGAUCUUUUCCAAGGAGAGAGACCACAUUUUGAAGAAGGAAGGGGGGUUGAAGAAGCGAGUGGUGUCCAGGAUGAGGAUGAAGUUGAGGUGGAAAAGGCUUGCACCGGCCAUGAGUUUCAUGUGAUCUCCACCAAACUUCGAGGAGCUGCUUGGCAAGGACCCAUUUGCAGUGUCUCUUUGCCAGACCAAGGCCACAUCAACACCGGUCCCUCUUGGUGGACGUGAUGGUGGUCAGUCCAUGCUGUCAUAUCUGGUUUGGGGCAAUGAGACGAGUGAGGAAGAAAAGAAGAGGUCUCGAGGGUGGAGACUUCAUAUUAAUCAAGUACACGAGCCUACAUCACUUUUCAUACCACUUGCUUGUGACUUGAGACUCCACAUCAUCGACGAGAACCUCAACUUCAAAGAGGUUCUAGCAUGGACGGAUUUUUAGGAGCCCACGUCCGGCUCAUGACGGUAAAGAAGCGCUUGUGGGGAGGCGACCCCACCAAGGUUUGUUUUCCUUUCGUUUGUUUUCGGUUUGUCCACUUGGAACUAUGGUUUCUAUCACCCAGUGUGUUUUGAUGACUCUAGUCCUGCUGACUGGUCCGAUUUCCAGUCCCCCGACAGUCCAUAUUUCCGGUAACAUUGUUUCCCCUUAUCUUUCCCUAUGCUCCAUUGAGGGCAAUGUCGUGCUUAAGUGUGUGUGUGUGGGGGGGGGGGGGGUUAUCUAUUGUUGACUGUUAGAUGAGUUUGUGUGCUUGGAGCCUAGUCCGCCGUCCAAAUCUGGAGAUUUGAGGGCUCCAAGUACUGAUGUUUGCACGAUCAUAUUGGCACCGUGGGUUUAAUUGGUGAAUCGAAUGGCUUUCGAAUUGAUGCAUGACACUGGAUUGUGACUAAUACAACCUAUAAUGAUGU